GCGCUUCACUAUCGGGCACGAGCUUCGCCAGAAACUGAGCGUCCUCGUCCUCCCCUUUUCUUCGCGUUGCAUUCUGGGAAACUAAGUUUACUAGGCGUCUAGUCCUUAGUAAAGAUGGCAGACGUAAAACCGCCACCCAUCCGGAGCCUGAAUGAUUUUCUCCUGAGCUCGGCCCGGUUCGCCGUGCCCGAUGUGCGCGACCUGGACCGCUGGAACAACCGCAUCAUUAACAACCUGCUGUACUACCAGAGCAAUUAUUUCCUGUCCGCGCUGGGCCUCCUGCUCCUGGUGGGGUAUUUCCAGCCUCUCCAGUUGUUUGUUGGGGCAGUGGUGGUCACCUUGUUGUUCCUGGGCUUUGUCUGGGCUGCUGAGAACCGAGCUCCCAUUCGCCGUUUCCGUAGAAACCACCCAUUGGUCAGUGUGUUGGUCAUUCUUUUGGCCAGUUACCUCUUCAUAUUGGUGCUGGGAGGCGUGGCUGUGUUCCUGUUUGGGAUAGCCUUUCCUAUUCUGAUGGUUUUGGUCCAUGCAUCGGUGAGACUGCGCAGCCUGAAGAAUAAGCUGGAGAAUAAACUGGAGAUCAUUGGUUUAAAGAGGACACCCAUGGGACUCCUGUUGGAGGCGCUGGGGCAAGAACAGGAAGCUGGAUCGUAGAGAGGAAGAAGAAAAGGAGGAGGUGCGUUAGAGAGGUUGGGUCCAGUCAGAGGGAACCCUUGCACUUUAAGCACGCUUGAUGUAAUAUACUGUGUAGUAUAUGGCAGGCUCUCUGCUUUGUACAUCUGAUACCUAUUCUUUGAAGAAGGAUAUGUAAAAGGCACUCCUGUGCUGCUCCUAGAUGCUACAGAACAUUCAGAAAACAUUACAGUGAAGGAAGGGUUUCUGUGUUCAUGUCAACAGUGUUAUAGCAACUAAUUUUGUACUACAAAAAUUGACUGUACUCAACACAGUGGAGGUAUUUGCUGCAUUGAGAGCUAUUUUAUUACAUAUGAGCUGCCUGUUGUGAGGACUGUGCAAUGUAUUGAUUUAUUCAAACCUAAUGUAACUGACUCACGUUUUUAAGAAACUGGGUUUUCUUCUGUAAAAUUUGCAUUGCUUGGAUGGUUUCAUGUUUUAAUACAAGUUUGUGAAACAGGUUUCUGCAACUAUAACAGGUCUUUAUGCUCACAGAAUUUAAGAUGCUGAUGAGAUUUUGUUUUUAUAUACGCGUUGUUGAUCAUGAAUAAUAUUGUUUACUAUGAAAGACUUUGGUUAGCACCGGUGCCCUAAAGAAACACUUGACCCUAUAAGUGGCUGAAUUAUAUUGUGUAUGUGCCAUUGCAGCUCUGGAGGAAGGGAACAUGGCUGUUAUGGGUCCCGAACCUGUGACCCCUCCAUUACAUGUCUCUCAAACUGCUAGAGCAGCUGCCGUGUUAGUAUUUUGUCUUGACCCUGCAUCACAGCAACACUUGAGCAGAAAGAAAUGUGUUUUGGUAAAACUCAUAAGCAUUUUGCUGAAUUACUAGAAUGUAAAUGAGAAGAAAACAAUUCUGUCUGGCAAUGCACAUUUAAGUCAUUUUACAGGUCAAGACUAUCAAUCCAUUCUGCAAAAUGUUUGAAUUUUGAUUCACCAUCAUCGUUUUUGUCAACAUUUUUGUCUUUCUGAAUAAAAAAGGAUUUCUGUA